UUCACCCUCGAAGCGGACACUAGUCCGGCCCAUUUUACUGAACCCAAACCGCCGCCCAUUUCCCCUCCGUUGUUUUGGUUCUUCUUGUUCUUCAGACGGUCUCACUCUCAAGCCUCACCAGAGUCAGUCAGUCUGUCACUCACUCUUGCAGUUUCGGAAAUUCCCACCAAAGAGGACUAGAAGACACUAGGAGCAAAGACAACCGGACUAGUAGUAUGGAGGAAAUAGAAACAUUGUGGAAAGAAGUUAGGGAGCUAAGUCUAGGGGAUUCGGGCAGAGUGGAUCAUUUGGAGUGCCCACCCACCCCACUCCAAUUCCUGAGAGACUUUGUUUGCCAAAACAAGCCCUGCAUCAUAUCCAAUGCCACCCUCCAUUGGCCAGCUCUCUCCUCUUGGACCCAUGAUUCUUACCUCACUGGAGCUCUCUCCUCUGCUGACUUCUCCCUUCACCUCACCCCACAUGGCCAAGCCGAUGCCCUCGUCCCCUUGGAUGGUUCCCUCUGCUUCUCCUCCGCUCAUGUGCAGCGCAUGCCCUUCCCUGAAGCUCUCAACCUCAUUACCAACAAUGAGUCCCCAUCGAAACUGGUGGCCUAUGCACAGCAGCAGAACAAUUGCUUUCUGUCGGAGUAUUCUGCUUUAGCUGCAGAUUGCGACCCCCAUAUCCCAUGGGCCAGUGAGGCCCUUGGCUGCCUCCCCGAUGCAGUCAACAUGUGGAUUGGCAACCAUCUGUCGACAACAUCAUUUCAUAAGGACCACUAUGAAAAUCUCUACGCUGUGGUGACGGGCCAGAAGCAUUUCCUGCUCCUUCCUCCCACUGAUGUGCAUCGUAUGUACAUCCGCAUGUACCCAGCUGCCCAAUAUUCAUAUUCUCAUGACACCGGAGAGUUCAAAUUGGAACUUGAGAAGCCAGAUAGAUACGUGCCAUGGUGCAGUGUCGAUCCUUACCCUUCUCCUGAGGACAGAGAUAAGCAGCUCUCCAACUUUCCUUUGUAUUUUGAUGGUCCUAAGCCUUUUCGCUGUACUCUCAACCCUGGAGAUAUUCUAUACUUGCCAAGUAUGUGGUUUCAUCACGUUAGACAAAGUCCAGAUAGCAGAGGACGCACUAUUGCUGUGAACUACUGGUAUGAUAUGCAGUUUGAUAUCAAGUAUGCUUACUUCAACUUCUUGCAAUCAAUUCAUUGCCUAUCAAUUAAAACUCCAACACUACCCGUGACAAUGCAUGAGGAUUCAGAUUCUGAUGCAUAGGCAUGUACUCUAAGGGAUGAAUUGGUUGCUGGUUGAUCUAUAUCACAUUUAGUAGGGACCAGUGAAGGAUCACUCUUAAGGGAUGAAUAUUAGAAGGAUCACCCUAUCAUUAGUCUGGGUAUUAGAUUCAUCAUUUGAGGACUUCUCAGACUGGGAAACCAAAGAAAAUCUCUGAAAGAAAACAAUGCAGCAUCCUUGAGCUUUCGGUGAGGAACUGUUUUAUUAGGGGAUCAGUUGUGAGAUAUGCUCAACUACCCCCGAGAGGGAAUCUGAUGUUGAACUGCUGCCCGUUGUCACCACAAGGGGAGCUCGGGGUGACUAAAAGUUUAGACACUAGUGAAAGAAAGGACUGUUUCAGCACUCAGACAUUGUUCAAUCGUGCAUAGUGCAGGCACUAUGAUAACUGUGAAACAUCUUGACCAAGUGCAAAGUAGUUAAGGUGAUUUGCUGGUACAUUGUAUAG